UUCGCUCUCGCAGCAAUUUUUAACUGCAGUCCCUAAUAUUAAAGUGUUUACAGCAACAUAAGUAGUGUUUAUAGUGACGAUGAAAAGCGUUUGCCCAUAGAUAUGGAUUCUGAUACUGAUACUGGUCAAGAUUCGGAAUACUCGGCUGAGUUCCUCGAUAAUGGAAAUUCUUUGGAAAACUCAGAGGAAGAAAUUCAAAAACUUCCGCAGUUUUAUGAAAACUGUCCAGAAACCGAGGCCGAACCUCAAAGUGAUGAUUUUCCAAGUAUUCUUCCAGCGGUCAAACGCAAACGAUCUGAAAGCACUUUUGAUUUUAUGAUUUCCAUCUACAAGAAAGAUUUUCGAGGACAACAUCACGACAAAGGAAAAGUGGAUUCCAAAGUAAUUGCGAAAGAAUGGCAUGUUUUUGGCGAUUCACCAGAGCAGGUUUUCGAACAAAUUUGGGGAGCGGUCAGCAGUCACAUCCGACGUGAAGUAAUAGUAUAUGACGACCAAAAUAUGAAGCGAGUUAAAUGGGCUAACGAUGCAGAUCCUGAGUUCGAGGACAUGGACAAAUAUAUACUUUUCAAGGAUCUUCAACGUAAGCGCACUUACCGAACAUUUGAUGUACGGGAAAAUACAGAUAUAAUGGUUAGAUGGAGAGGAAAACUUAUAGAUGUAUACCUACAUGUCUAUUCUUUGGCGGUAACAAAUCAAAAGUUAUACGAGUUAGUUAAAAAACUAGAGGCUCCAAAUGAUCCAGACAGAUCAGGAGCUAGCAGUAAUAAAUCCUUUUUUGGUUUAAUUAACGAGCUUAAGGCAAUGCAUCCGGAAGUAUCCGCAGAUUCAUUUGUAUGGACCAACUGGGCGGAACAUGUGGAGGCAGCACCAGGAUACAGACGUGAUGAUGUAAAACUAAAUCCACCAAAUAGUGUAAGAUCGCACCUUAGACCUGCACCAACUGAUGAAUCAGCUAUUCUGGAAGAAAAUCGACGUGGACUAUUUUUUGCUAAAACUAUAGUUUGUGCAAUGGAAAGUGAUAUUAAAGUAAUCAAGGAGUAGUCGACAAAAUUAUUAGCCGCAGCCAGCCAGAUUCAAGAACAUGUCACGGGAAUGGAAAUACAAUUGAAAAGUUACAGCGAAAUGUUAACGUCGAUGCAGCGCUCACUUGCACCAAUGGAAAAUGAGCUUAGUCGAUUGCUUGCACAAUCUGUAACAGACGCAGAUGAUGUCGACCAUAUGUAAGAGGACAACCGAUUACCCUGAAGCUCAACAAAAUCCUUUGCAGCUAAAU